CCCCCUCCCGGGGGUAUUUAAGGGCCCCCCCAGGGCGGGUGCGGAGCCAGAGGGACCCCGGGAGCCCCACAGGUGUCACCAUGAAGCUCUGGGUCGUGCUGGUGGCAGUGACGCUGCUGGCGGGCUGCGGGGCUGAGCUGACCCCCCCCGAACCCACCACUCCCCCCCCCAGCAGAAUUUGGGGGUACCUGGGGGUGCUGGGGGAGGCGGCGGAGAACGCGACGGUCCGGCUGCGGGAGGUCCCCCUCAUCCAGAAGCUGCAGUCCUUGAUGACGGAACUGAAGACCCAAGCCACCUCCUUGAGCGUUUCCAUCCGGGAGGAGAUGACGGAGGCGCGAGACCGAGCUGCCGAAUACGGGGCGGAUGCUCGAGCGGCGUUGGAUCAAAGUUGGGGCGAACUAAAAAAUCGGGGUGCAGCCUACGCCCGCAAACUCCGGAAACGUUUGAGUCGGGACGGAGAAGAAUUGAGACGUCGUUGGGACGUCUACGGCCAAGCGUUGGGGGACAGGGCGGCGGCUUUGAGGAAAAGUUGGGGGGUGAUGGGGCGAAUUUUGGGGGAGCCCGGUGUACCCCAAAAUUCUGAAGAUUGAUUUAGGUUGGAAUUUCUGCGCCCCCCCCCCCAAAAAAAAAAAGUAAUAAUUUGGGGUGCUGCUGGAGUUGGGUGGGGAAUAAAGAGCGAUGGGUGGCUCGGUG